UCCCUAGCUCGUGAAGCAUCGCAAGAAGCAAGCAAGCAAACUAGCUAGCUAAAUGGCGCCGAUUCACAGCUCACGCCGCCUCGACGGCACACUGCUUGCGCUUCUGCUCGUGCUCGUGGCCGCCACUGCCUUUGUCAGCGCUGCCGCGGCGGGAGGGGAAGCGUUGGCCGCCCGCCACGAGCAGUGGAUGGCCAAGUACGGGCGCGUGUACACGGACGCUGCCGAGAAAUUGCGCCGGCAGGAGGUGUUCGCGGCCAACGCGCGGCACAUAGAUGCUGUCAACCGGGCGGGCAACCGGACGUACACUCUCGGGCUCAACCAGUUCUCCGACCUCACCAACGAAGAGUUCGUGGAGAAGCACCUCGGGUACCGUCACCAGCGCGGCGACGAAAGCACGCCGGUGGCCGCCGUGAACAUGUCCAUGGCUCAGUUCGAGUCCACGCCAGACAGCGUGGACUGGAGGGCCCAGGGCGCUGUCACCCAAAUCAAGGACCAGGCUGCCUGUAGUUGUUGCUGGGCGUUCGCGGCAGUGGCGGCGACGGAGGGGCUCGUACAGAUCGCCACCGGCAACCUCAUUUCCAUGUCAGAGCAGCAGGUGCUCGACUGCACCGGCGGCCCCAGCAACUGCGAUAGUGGCUACGUCAACGACGCCUUAAGCUACAUCGCCAAGAGCGGCGGCCUGCAGCAGGAGGCAGCCUACGCGUAUAUCGGCCAGCAGGGCGCGUGCCGUGGCGGCGACGUGAGCCCAAAUUCGGCCGCCGCCGUCGGCGCACCCCGGUUUGUGAGCCUGAACGGCGACGAGGGCGCGUUGCAGGAGCUCGUCGCCAGCCAGCCGGUGGCCGUGGGCGUGGAGGCCGACCUUGACUUCCACCACUACACGAGCGGUGUGUACACCGGCAGCUCGUCGUGCGGGCAUAACCUGAACCACGCCGUGACGGUGGUGGGCUACGGGACGGACGGCGGCGGGCAGGAGUACUGGUUGGUGAAGAACCAGUGGGGGACGGGGUGGGGCGAGGGGGGCUACAUGCGCCUCACACGCGGGAACGGCGGCAACUGCGGCAUGGCCACCUUCGCCUACUACCCAACCAUGGACGGCUCUUAAACACCACUACUACUACAUCAGUCGGUCCAUGCAUCAUAGAAUAUGGUUUAUCAGCUAUAAGCUACUACUCCCUCCGUUCCUAAAUACUUGUCUUUCUAGGCAUUUCAAAUGACUAUCACAUACGAAUGUAUGUAGACAUAUUUUAAAGUGUAGAUCCACUCAUUUUACUUCGUAUGUAGUCAUUUGUUGAAAUGCCUGGAAAGACAAGUAUUUAGUAACGGAGGGAGUAGUACGUACAAUACCAGUACCAUGCAACAUGCAUGCAGCUGCAGUACAACAUAUAUAUGGAUUUUUUUUUGAAUAAAGCAUGGAUCGUCUAGAAAUGAUCCAUUUGCCUAUGUAAUAUAUAAACUUGUAUAUGAAAAAAAAACACUACUAGUACUAUACUACGUCAGUGAUCAG